GGAAUCAAAGACUCCAUCUGGGGUAUUUGUACCAUCUCAAAGUUAGAUGCUCGAAUCCAGCAAAAGAGAGAGGAACAGCGUCGAAGAAGGGCAAGUAGUGUCCUGGCACAGAGGAGAACCCAGAGUAUAGAGCGGAAGCAAGAGAGUGAGCCUCGUAUUGUUAGUAGAAUUUUCCAGUGCUGUGCUUGGAAUGGUGGAGUGUUCUGGUUCAGUCUCCUCUUGUUUUAUCGAGUAUUUAUUCCUGUGCUUCAGUCUGUAACAGCCCGAAUUAUUGGUGAUCCAUCACUACAUGGAGAUGUUUGGUCAUGGCUGGAAUUCUUCCUCACGUCAAUUUUCAGUGCUCUUUGGGUGCUCCCCCUGUUUGUGCUUAGCAAAGUUGUGAAUGCCAUUUGGUUUCAGGAUAUAGCUGACCUGGCAUUUGAGGUAUCAGGGAGGAAGCCUCACCCUUUCCCUAGUGUCAGCAAAAUAAUUGCUGACAUGCUCUUCAACCUUUUGCUGCAGGCUCUUUUCCUUAUCCAGGGGAUGUUUGUGAGUCUCUUUCCCAUCCAUCUUGUUGGUCAACUGGUUAGUCUCCUGCAUAUGUCCCUUCUCUACUCUCUAUACUGCUUCGAGUAUCGUUGGUUCAAUAAAGGAAUCGAAAUGCACCAGCGGUUGUCAAAUAUAGAAAGGAACUGGCCUUACUACUUUGGAUUUGGUUUGCCUUUGGCUUUCCUCACAGCAAUGCAGUCCUCAUACAUUAUCAGUGGCUGCCUCUUCUCUAUUCUCUUUCCUUUAUUCAUUAUCAGCGCCAAUGAAGCAAAGACCCCUGGCAAAGCAUACCUUUUCCAGUUGCGCCUCUUCUCCUUGGUGGUCUUUUUAAGCAAUAGACUCUUCCACAAGACAGUCUACCUGCAGUCUGCCCUGAGUAGCUCAGCUUCUGCAGAGAAGUUUCCUUCACCACAUCCGUCUCCUGCCAAACUGAAGGCUGCUGCCGGCCACUGAAUCACCUGCCAUCCAGAGGGGAUGGGAGGGAUUGGAAGGAAGCUGUGGAGGCUCUUUUCCCUGUUCACCUCCUCUCAUCAGGGAAAGCAGGACCCACUCUGCCAAGGGCUCUCUGCAUAUUCCCCUCUUUCUGAAGAAUUGGAAUUUUUGUCUCUGGUGCACAUAAGGUAGAAUCAUCCUGACACCAGUAUGUGGAUUUUUAACACCACUGUGAGUCUGAAAGGACCACAGGUUUU